UGAUAUGAAAAAGUGAUAUAGUUUGCAGAAUUUUAGAUUUUAUAAAUAAUACGAAUAUUUUAUAAAUAUUUUUUCAAAUCGUUCACUUACCAGAAAUCUUGAAAUUUAUGUAAAAGUUCAUUCUUUCUUUGCAGAAGACAAUGACGAGGAGAAGAGUUGGAGCAACUGAUGACCGUCAAUGAACCCUAAUAAUUAUCACAGGACUGUCUGUUUGGUGCAAGCUGAAAGUUAAGGCUGUUUAAAUGGAGAUACCCAGAAAAGAACAUGAUUUUGAACCUUCAUUUUCGAAUGUUUAUGAACUACCAGGAGAGCCUGCUAUAGUAAUUAAUGGGGUGCCUGAUAUACCUGCUUGUGACAAUGCCCUUGCUCUUUGUAAUCCUCUAGAUGAUGAAAAAUUACGUGGAAGUACAGGUUUUGGUGAGUGGUUAGAAGGGAGAGUGGUAAACAAAUUGUUUGUUGAUCGGUAUUACUAUGGCGUCAUAAUCGAGUUCGACAAAGUUACAGGAUGGUAUAGAGUGGAGUAUGAAGAUGGAGAUUUCGAAGAUCUCGAUUGGCAUGGACUCGAACAAGUGCUUUUGCCUAUGGACAUUACAAUUCCAUUAAAAGCCUUAGCAUUGAAGACUCUGAAGAGAAGCAGGAAGGCGCAGAAGAACAGGAAAAACAAGACGGGAAACGGACGUGGCGAUCCCAAAGAAAUGGAAGGCAGGAGGAAGAAGAGUGUGGAAAGUAAAGUUCUACUACCAACAGAACAUGCAGCCUGAGUUCUAUUGUUUCUUUUUUGGCACAUAAAGUUAUGGCUAAGCAAAAUUAGCCGCUGCCAUUGAUUGGGAUUAUGGGGUUUAUGAAGAACUUUAGUUUAUAUUGCUUAGUGAAAGGUUGGAAAUGAGUGUUCUGGCACUCUUUUUCUGCAGGUAGUUCUGAUGGGAAAUCUUGUUCGUACUGUUUCUUAAUAUUUUAAAUCAAAUCUUAUUAGAUUUAGGAGUGGACAAAAAAUCAAAUACUUUCUCCAAUUUAUUACCAAUUCACUACUGCAGCAAUUUUGAUA